AUCCCUCUAAUUCUACCAUCCAUUUUUUCUUCUCUCUCUAUCCCUCACCGUAUCCCCCUGCACUUCAUUGCAGGACUUCUCUUUCUCUCCCCCUCUCCCAAUUCAGAUCUCUUUCAUUCCCCCUGUCUUCUUCUCUUCUUCUCCGAUCCCUUCUCCAGUUUUCUCUUUUAUUCUCUCUGGAUCGCUGUUUUUCUCUUCUUCAUUCACUUCUAUUUCUAUUUUAACUCCUACCCAUGAACGAUUUCGAGGGUCUUUUAGCUACCAAUUAUGGAUUCAAACCUCAAGGUAAAGCCGCCCCAAUGGCCGCCUCAAAGGGUAAUUCUAAUAUCAACCCCACCAGCUCCCCAAAUUUCGAUCUUGGAUCUCGUCCCUCCUUCCGAUCGACCAAGACUUCCAAUUCCCUUUCUGGGUCUCUCGCCGAUGACCGUGAUUCGCUUAAUCGAUCCAUGAGUGCUCAUGACAAUCGCGAAUUUGAUGGUCUUGAUGAUCUGCUUGGUGGGUCUGGGAGAUUUUCCAGAAAACCGGAGGCCCGUGCUGGCGAUUCCGAUGUUAAUUUUGACUCUCUGUUUAAUGGGGUUGGGAAUUCUAGUCAACCGCCGGCUUCUAACUUACCGGUUUAUGAUAAGCCCGUAUAUGAUGAUGAUAUCUUUGAUGGCAUUCCGGGCUUGAGAAACUCGUCUAAAGUUCAGUAUGAUGAUGUGUUUUCAUCUAUGUCUUCGCCGCCUAAAGCAGAGUCAGCAUUUGAUGAUCUUCUUGGGGGGUUUGGUAAAUCGGAUAGUGUACCGAAGAGUAAGGGUGGAAAAGGAACGCAGAGUAAAGAUCAAGAGAUUCCGGCUUUUGAUGAUUUGAUACCUGGGUUUAGAGGCGGCAGCCCACCUGGUGACAGGUCAAAUUCAAGAGCCAGCUGGUCGUCAGAGCCAACAUCAGUUAAAAGCACAACAUCCUCCAAGGCAAUGGAAAACCCAUUUGGGGUGUCAAGGGAGCACAAUGAUAUACACGAAGAAGCUAGUGACAUUGGUAAUUUUAAAAGCCCAAAAUUUGAUGGUUACUCUUCCUCUGAUGCAAAUAAUAAAGCUUUUGAUGAUAUGGACCCAUUUGCUAGCCUUAGUAAAUCUGUCCCUGCAUUUUCAUCAGAAGGGAAUAAUAGAGGUAAGGCUAGGAGUCCUCCUAGGGUAGAUGGAACUGCUGCUGGGCCUCAGAAUCCUAACGGUAAAGAUGCAAUGGAGAAACCAUCUAUAAAAACUUCUGUACAACCUUUGAAGAAGGAUGUGCCUGCUAAGAAUGAUAGACAUUUUGAUCAGCCUGUGUUUGACAUUCCUACAGUUUCAACUAAUUCUCAUAAAUUUGGGCCUCAAUCAACAUCCCCUCCUGCUUCGAAUGAUGCAAACGUGAUGGGAGAUACAUCUAGAUUUGAAGAUAGUGUCGAAUCAGAUGAAAUCUGGCUCACUGUAUCAGAGAUUCCUCUUUUUACGCAACCCACGGUUGCUCCACCCCCUUCAAGACCACCACCUCCUAUACCACAGCAGGUUCCCAAAGAAGGAAUGGGUUCGUAUGGACUACGAAGUUCAAAGAUGAAUGCUAAUGACUUUUCUUCAUUUCCCAGUUCUACCCAUCAUUUUCAGAUUCCUAAAUCUACCUCCCCUUCAAUGAGAGAUCAAGUAUCUUCAGUGGAUGAACUCGAGCAAUUUGCCAUGGGAAGGAAUCCAAGUAAUGCUGAUGAACAAGUAAAUAGUCUUUCAAAUGAAGAAGCAGAGAUGAACUCUGCUGCUGCAGCCAUGAAGGAGGCAAUGGAUAGAGCAGAGGCUAAGUUUAAGCAUGCCAAGGAAGUGAGGGAGAGAGAGAGUACAAGAACUUCUAAAAUUAAAGAAGCUGUAUAUUGGGAUAGAGAUGAAAAAGCCACACGAAGUGAGAGAGUUGAAGAUGAGGAGAGCAUAGAUCGUGAAAGGUUCCAAAGGGAAAGGGAAGAGAAGGAGAAGGAGAAACGGAAAGCUGAAAGAGAGAAAGAAAGAGUGAGGGAGCUUGAGAGGGAAAGAGAGGAGAAAGAGAAAGAACAACGAAGGUUAGAGAAGGAAAGGGAAAGAGCUAGGGAGCUUGAGAUGGAAAGGAUAAAAGUCAGACAGGCUGUUGAAAGGGCCACAAGAGAAGCGCGUGAGAGGGCAGCUACUGAAGCUCGCUUAAAAGCUGAAAGGGCUGCUGUUGAAAAAGUAAAUGCAGAGGCUCGAGAACGUGCUGAAAGGGCUGCAGUUCAAAGAGCUCAAGCAGAAGCCCGUGAAAGGGCUGCAGCAGAGGCCCGAGAAAGAGCAGAAAGGGCUGCAACAGAGGCACGGGAAAGAGCAGAAAAGGCGGCUGCAGAAGCAAAAGAGAGGGAAGCACGAGAGAGAGCUUCUGUGGCAAGGGCAGAAGCUGAAGCACGAAGUAGGGCAGAGCGAGCUGCUGUGGAACGAGCUGCUGCAGAGGCUCGAGAAAGGGCUGCUGUAGAUGCUCGAGAGAGGGCUGCAGCAGCAGCCAGGGCUAGUCAACAGAAGAACGAAAAUGACCUUGAGUCAUUUUUCAGCAUGGGUAGACCCAGUAGUGUACCCAAGCAUAGGGCCAAUCCUAUGGACAACUUUGAUGCCCAAUCACCAAAUAGACCAGAGACAACUAAACCGUCUUCUACCCCUCCAUCAAAUAUGAGGAAAGCAUCUUCUGCUACUAAUAUUGUAGAUGAUCUUUCAUCUAUUUUUGGAGGUCCUCCAUCUUCUGGAGAAUUUCAGGAAGUUGAUGGGGAAAGUGAGGAAAGACGAAGAGCCAGACUGGAACGCCACCAGAGGGUCCAAACACGUGCGGCUAAAGCUCUGGCUGAGAAAAAUGAGCGAGAUCUUCAAAUGCAGAGGGAGCAAGCCGAGAGACAUAGAAUUGCUGAGACACUGGAUGCAGAGAUCAAGCGUUGGGCUGCCGGGAAGGAGGGAAAUUUACGUGCUCUUUUGUCAACUUUGCAAUAUGUGCUCUGGCCUGAGUGUGGGUGGCAGCCAGUUUCUUUGACUGAGAUGGUUAUUCCAAAUGCAGUCAAGAAAGUAUAUAGGAAAGCGACCCUGUGCAUUCACCCUGAUAAGGUGCAGCAAAAAGGUGCCACUCUUCAGCAAAAGUAUGUUGCUGAGAAGGUGUUUGACAUUCUAAAGGAAGCAUGGAACAAAUUUAAUUCAGAGGAACUUUUCUAAAAAAAAAUUAUGAUUUUUGAAAGAGCAAAGGGGAGAAUGAAGGUAUGGUUGAGAGGAAAGCUUCGCAUUCGUAGUAUUCUUCUGAUUUCAUCUUGGCAUGCAGCCGAUAAGCCGUGGCUUUGCGAUUUGGUUGCUGAGAGAUGACUUCGAACUGGUAAUAUGAUUUCAUUGGUUUCUCAUUCUUUUUCUGCUCAUCCCUUUUUCAUUAUUUUUUGUCGUUGUAUAAUUGAUGAAUUCUCCCUUAGUGUUUUGCUCUAGUCUAUAUAAGAAGGAAAGAAAAGUGCGUGUAUGAAUGAAUGGUCAAUGAUGGGGAAGAGUUAGUAGAUAUAAGGUAGAAAUAUGAAGUUGUGUGGUUUUUUCUUUGUUCUUUCACCAAUUCUUGCUUGUGAUGUGUACAAUCUGGGUGAAUAUGUUGUAGAAGAAGUUGUAUUCAUAAUCACACAUUUAAGUUCUUUGCCAUUUAUACAAGUAAGAUGAGAAAUUUCAAUCCAA